AUGGCUCUGCAGAACGUCUGCAAGUGGCAGUCCCAGGAUGCCCAGGAAACCUCGCCUCGCCUGCCUCCACUGAGUGGCUGGGUGGUACCCCGGGGCUGGGACCCGAAUACCUUCCUGCAGGUCCACGGCCCCAGGCUGGCCCAUGGCACCACCACCCUGGCCUUCCGCUUCCAGCAUGGAGUCAUCGCCGCUGCAGAUACACGAUCCUCCUGUGGCAGCUACGUGGCCUGUCCGGCCUCCCUCAAGGUGAUCCCGGUUCACCGGCACCUCCUGGGUACCACAUCGGGCACCUCAGCCGACUGUGCCAUGUGGUACCGGGUGCUGCAGCGGGAGCUACGGCUGCGGGCCCUGCGAGAGGGGAAGCUGCCCAGCGUGGCGGGUGCUGCCAAGCUCUUGUCGACUCUCAUGGCUCCUUACCGGGGGCUGGACCUGUGUGUGGCCACUGCCCUGUGCGGCUGGGACCACUCAGGCCCUGCACUCUUCUAUGUCUACAGCGACGGGACUCGCCUGCAGGGGAACAUUUUCUCUGUGGGCUCCGGUUCUCCCUACGCCUAUGGCGUGCUCGACCGAGGCUACCGUUACGACAUGAGCAUCCAGGAAGCCUACGACUUGGCUCGCCGGGCAGUGGUCCAUGCCACCCACCGCGAUGCCUAUUCGGGGGGGUCAGUGGACCUUUUCCAUGUGCGGGAGAGUGGGUGGGAGUAUGUGUCCCGCAAUGACGCCUGGGGGCUGUACUCGGAGCUGCAGAAGUUUCCAGAACCCUACAAGGAUGAGGAGGAAGAAGAGGAGUCCAGCCAGGCCAAUCCAGAGCCUGUCACGCUUUCCAGAGCGGAAGACAGUGGGGAUUCUUUGGAGGGACCAGCACCCACAGAUACUGGGAUGCUUGCAAUGCAAGGACACCUACAGGGUUAG